AUGGUUUUUCUAAUAGAUUAUUUCCAGCAUCGCAAGGACUGCAACUUCAAACAAGCGGAGCGUGUUCAGAGAAUAAAUGAGUUGACCUCAUAUAAAGGCUCUUUCACCUCGUCAGAAAGAGACGUUCUCUCCAAACCAAUCGAAGAACUUGUUCAGGAUGUCCAUAGACAAGUCAUCCAGCCGAUAGAUAUCCUUCGCGCCUAUGGAAAAGCAGCUCUGAAAGCCCACGCCAAGACCAACUGCGUGACUGAGGUCAUGAUCGGUGCAGCGGAAGGUUGGGUCACUGAUGGAAGUGUUAAUAUGAAAGGUCCACUCGCUGGUAUCCCCGUGAGUUUGAAGGAUUCGAUCGUGGUAGGCGGGUUCGAUACCAGUGUGGGGUACAGUUCCAAUGUUGGAAACAAAAUCGAGAAGGAUGGGACUAUGGUGCGCUUGCUUAAGGAUGCGGGAGCGAUGCCGUAUGUGAAAACAAAUCUACCGGUCACGUUGUUGAGUUUUGAGAGUACAAAUGAUGUCUGGGGGCGGUGUACAAAUCCUCAUAAUAACAAGUAUUCGCCUGGAGGAUCGACGGGUGGUGAAAGUGCUUUACUCGCUGCAGGAGGUGGAAGGAUCGGAAUCGGUUCCGAUGUUGCUGGGAGUGUAAGAGUUCCAGCUCACUUCUCUGGUAUCUACAGUCUCAGAUGUUCGACUGGAAGAUGGCCAAAGUUUGGAAUGGUAACAAGCAUGCCUGGCCAGGAAGGGAUUCCUUCGGUCUUUAGCCCCAUGACCAGGACGUUAGAAGAUCUAAAUUACUUUACGAAGUCAAUGAUUGGGAUGCAGCCAUGGAAAUAUGACCACUCGGUACACCCAAUACCGUGGAGGCAAGAAGCCGCUACGGCAGCUGCUGAGCAAAAGAAUUUCAAGGUUGGUGUGCUGAGAACAGAUGGUGUCGUUGACCCAAGUCCAGCCUGUGCGAGAGCUGUCGACGAGGUUGUCGCAGCUUUGCUGAAAGAAGGCCAUGAAGUUGUGGAUGUGGAACCACCAUCUCCUUACGAAGCUCUCUACAUUGGCUCUCAGCUUCUCAACGCUGACGGCUGCAAGACAUUCAAAUCAUUCUUCCGAACAGGUGAAUGGGAAGAUCCUGGAGCACGACAGAUGAGCUUUCUUAUGAAUCUGCCUAGUCCUUUCAGGUGGGCGUAUUAUUUGUGGGUAAAAUACGUCCGUCGAGACGACAUCUGGGCUGGUCUUAUCAAGGAUUGGAGAGAAAAGUCUUCAUACGAACAAUGGAAAUUCGUUGCGAAGAGAGAAGCAUAUAAAGCAAAGUUUCACGACUGGUGGGAAAGCGAAGCGAAGAUUGAUUUUAUGAUUACACCUCCUAAUGCCACACCGGCAGUUCCACAUGAUGGUAUGAAGGAUGCUGUUAGUAGCUGUGGAUACACAUUUUUAUUCAAUCUUCUUGAUUAUACAUGUGGUAUCAUGCCCAUCACGCAUGUCGACAAGGCACUUGACCAGUUAUCCUCAGACUUCUCGAUCAAGAGGCUCAACGGUGUCGCUCAGGGAGCGUACAAGCAUUACGAUGCUACAGCUAUGCAUGGUCUUCCAGUCGCUAUACAGGUUGUGGGCCAGAGACUUGAAGAGGAGAAGGUUUUGGCCGUUAUGAAGAGGAUCGAGGAUGCAUUAGGUGAUGAUAAGUAUCAGUUAUUAGAUAUUGAUUAG